CCUCCCUCCACCUCCGGAGCAGCAGAAGCUUCCUGGGACUAUAAAAGCCCUCAGUCACCGUCCCGGGAGCACGAAGGAAGCUCAACCUCUCAGUAGUAUCUGUCUGUCCAAGCACCAUGAAGGCUGUGGCUCUGAUCCUUGCUCUUGCAGUCAUCACUGGCUGCAAUGCCCGUGCUGUGCGCCAGGCUGAUACCACCAUGACUCGCCUGGAGGGCAGCGUGGACCGCUUCUGGCAGUACAUCUCGGACCUGGGCAAACAAGCUGAUGGAGUCGUGGAGAACAUCAAGGCCUCUCAGCUCAGCCGGGAGCUUGACACUCUGAUCACUGACACCAUGGCAGAGCUGACCACAUACAGAGAGGAGAUCCAGGCAAAGCUGACCCCUGUUGCAACAAGCUCCACUGGCCAGCUGACUGAAGACCUGCAACUUCUGGCCAACAAACUGCAGAAGGACAUGGUUGAUGCCAAAGAACGCAGCACUGAGUACAUUGAUGAGCUCACAACCAUGAUGGAGCAGAAUGCUGAUGAUGUCCGCAGCCGCCUCGACACCUACACUAACAAGCUGAGGAAGCGCCUAACCAAGGACACUGAAGAGAUUCGCGACACUGUAUCCACCUAUGUGGGCGAGCUUCAGUCCCGCACCUCCCAGAACCUUGGUACUGUGAAAGAAAACGUUGAGCCCUACGUCCAUCAAGCCAGUGACGCUGCCACUCAGAAGCUGAGCGAAAUCUCUUCACUCCUGGAGACCCAGGCUGAGAACAUCAAGACCCAGCUGGAGUCCAGCAUGAAGGAGCUGCGCAGCUCCAUAGACAGCAGGAUGGGCGACUUAACAGACAUUUUGGUUCCAUAUGCCACCAAGCUCCGUGAGCAGAUUGAAACCGCCAUGGACAAGGCCAAGCCCGCCCCUGCCUAAAGAGAGACUGAUGGUUUUUAAAAGCUGUAGAUGGUGGUAGUAGGAGUGUAAUCUACUGAUUAGUGGUAGAGGAAGAGGAGAAAGCUGAGAUUUACUGAUGAUGUACAUUUUGCAUUCCAGUGUUCGGGAUAAAGGGAGAGGGUGAGAAGGGAGAGGUCAAGUUGCAUCUUUUACAGAAUAGUCAGCAAAAUGAGGCUGUAAUCCUGCAAAGUUGCCCUCUUUUAUUCCUAUCUUCUCUCUAGAUUACUGAACACACGCACCACAGUCAACAUUUCAUUAUUACACAAACAGGAGACAAUUGUUUGUAAUAUGCUUCACUUUUGUGUUUUCCAUGUUUUUUGUAGUGUCAGUUUCAGUUUCAGGCAGGGAUUCCAGCCCCAUCCUUUAUGCAUCAAGAACAAAUGUCUUUCAUUUCAAUAAAUGCACUGAAUAAUGUUUUCAGUUUUGGAGUCCCAUACAUAUGUGUUUGUUAAUUUCUUCUAACCCUUCUGUAAAGUCUGUUAGCCCAUGUUGAACCUGACAGAAAAGCAGAAUAAAGUGACUUGAUACAUAUUAGAGGAGCAGUGAGUAAAGUGGAGGCCUACCUGUCUCUUUUCUGCAAGUGUCCAUUGUGUUCCACAUGUUGUAUGCCCCACAUGCUGCUCUCUAUAAACAUGCUGCCUGUGACUACAGUGAUGCGUGAAUAAAGAACUCUAGAAAAGAAA